AUGUAUGAAAGUAGUGUAAGGAACAGACCUGAAAGUAAGACAGGCCGGCGUGUCACCAAAGCCUACCAUAAAAAGUCUCGAAAUGGGUGCAAGGAAUGUAAAAUUCGUAGAGUGAAAUGUGACGAGAAGCAGCCGACUUGUAGUAAUUGCGAGCGUCGUGCAGAAACCUGUGUGUUCUUGAACGCCUCACAAGAACAAAGUGACCAAGACGAAACGACAGUCGCAAAGCAGACUUCGGAUUCACUUGAUUCGGCAUCUCUUCUAUCACCGACUUUGUCUGGCGACUCCGAUUCACAGACAAACUAUCACUCCAUUUAUAGCGAUAUCGGCGAUUUUCAGCUUCCAGAAUCCAGAUCAAGACGUCUCCUUGAACUUCGAUUACUUGAUUUCUACAAAGAUCACAGCGCCAACCCCCUUCCAGACCUCCCCAAGUCCGACGUGGUGACGGCAUGGUCUAGUCAAGUUCCUCAACUAGCACUCAAAUAUGAUAAUGUGCAGUAUAUGAUGUUUUGCCUUGCAUCAUGUCAGCUUCUCCGAUCCGAGCCCGGCAAUUUUGAGCUACUAAAUGCCCAACGAGUGUAUUUAGGAUUAGCAAUGCAUGAGCAGCAAAUGGCUGUUUCUCAACUAAACCUUGAGAAUUGCGACUCUGUCUCUUAUACUGGAAUGUUGCUUCUAAUAACGGCGAUUGCCCGCCUUUGGAGACGCCCUAUGAAUCCAUAUGUUCCACCUACAGAGUGUCUAAGACUAGGAAAUGGAGUGGGAGCUGUGUUGGAGAGAGCGAAGGUGAUGCUCAAAGAAAAAAAGGAUGCAAAGAUGUGGCUAUUUAUAAAUGCACCGCCAGUGUUUGAUAGGAAUAUUAUCUUCGCUAAAGAAAAUCGAAUUCCGUUUCAAAGGCUACUGGACCCUAAUAUUCAGCCAUCGAACCCGGAUACCCACGAAGCUUACGAAAAAGCCGUCGCCUACCUGGGAUAUCUACAUAAGUCAAUUCAGGAGAAUGAGCCAGUGUAUAUAUUUGGUCGAAAAGUGAUGUCGUUCUCCAUCUUCGUUCCAAGAGAAUACAUUGAUCUUGUUGAGGAACAGAGAUAUCGAGCCUUGGUCGUUCUCGCGCAUUACUUUGGCUUUAUGUCCAGGGCUAAAUCGCUUUGGUGGGCAGUGGAGACUCCAGAACAGGAAAUUCGCGCAAUCCAAAACAUCCUGCCCCAAGAGUGGCAGGGUUACAUGCGUUGGCCACUGAUGAUGACAGGCCAAACAAUCAUUUAA